AUGAAACAACAGUUAACGUUGGAGAUCAGUAAUUAUGAAGGAUUUGUAAGAGCUGCUAGAGAUGAUGAUACUAGUACAUUAGAUAAUUUGUGGGAAAAAGCAGAGUCUUUAGGUGUGGAACAACAACUAAUAUUAGAAAAAGAUGACUAUGCAGUGUUCGUAUUAGCUGCUUUUGGUGGUCAUACCGAUACAUUAGAUAGUCUGUGGGAAAAAGCAAAAUCAUUAAGUUUACAACGUAAAAUGUUAGAAGUGGAUAGCUAUAAAGCGUUUGCAUUAGCUGCUUCUAAUGGUCAUGUUUAUGCAUUAGAUAAUUUAUGGAAAAAAGCUGGAUCUUUAGGCUUGCAACGGGAAAUGUUAAAAGCAAAUAGCUAUAGAGCAUUUAUAUUGGCCGCUUCCAGUGGUCAUACCAAUACAUUAGAUAGUUUGUGGGAGAAAGCAAAGUUACCAGAUAUACAACAAGAAAUGUUAAGAGCUGAUAGUUAUAGAGCACUUAUAUUAGCUGCUUUUGGUGGUCGUAUUGAUACAUUAGAUAAUCUAUGGAGAAAAGCAAAGUUACCAGAUAUACAAGGUGCAAUGUUGGCAAUUGGUAACUAUGAAGCAUUCAGGGCUGCUGCUUCUAAUGGUCAUAAUAGUACAUUAGAUAAUCUAUGGGAAAAAGCAAAACCGCUAGGCUUGCAGAGUAAAAUGCUAAAAGCUGAUAGCUAUAGAGUGUUCACAUUAGCUACUGAAAAUGGUCAUACCAGCACAUUAGAUAAUCUAUGGGAAAAAGCAAAAUCAUUAGGUUUGCAACAAAAAAUGUUAAAAGUAGGUGAUUAUUAUGCGUUUAAAACUGCUGCUAAAAAUGGUCAUAAUGAUAUAUUAGAUAACCUAUGGGAAAAAGCAAGAUCGUUACGUUUACAGUAUGAAAUGUUGAAAGCUAAUAGUUAUGAAGUCUUUAGAGAAGCUGCUAGAAAUAAUAAGAUUGCUACAUUAGCUAACUCACAUUUUAUGUUAGAAAUCACUGAUCAGGAAUGGAAGGAAUGUCUUAAAGCUAUAGCAAGUUUUGGUGACAAGGGAGUAUUUGAUUCUGUAUGGCAAAACCUUGUUUCCUCACUUAGAUUUGACACAAGACAAGAGAUUAACGAACUUCAUAGAGAACUAAAACAAGGAUUUUUAGAAAUAAGAGAGCUAAAAACAGGACCAUUUUCUAGAUAUGAGCUGCAGUUUACUAGAUCAAAGCGAACAAUUUCCAAUGAAGAAAAAAUGUCUUAUAACUUACAACAUAAAGAAAUUACAAAUAGUGCUACAAAAUCAGGAUCUUCUAUGGAAGGUUUGCUUAAUCUACUGAAAGCUUUUGUAAGUGUAUCUUGUGGGCCUCAACGUGCUUUAUCUGGUAUUGUUUAUCAAUUUAUCUCUCCUCUCUUGAGAGCUAUGUCAACUGAAAGAUUGGUGAAUUUAACAGGGCAAGCUAUUACAUCAGUGCAAACUAAUAUAUCACAACAUAAUAAGAUAACAAGAAAUAGUAGUUCUAGUAGUUUUCUAAGUGCUGAAAAUAUAUCGGUUGUUGUUUGCGUUGCUGAAGCUUUAGGUAACACUUCAAGCAAACGUUAUCAAGGUUUAAAGAGCCAAGGUGUAAAUUUUGUUCCAAGUAUUCAAACUGCAGUUAACUUUGCUCGUAAAGAGUUUGACUCAUUUGUAGAAGAUAAAAUAAAGAACCUUGACUCAAAAGAGAAGGCUAGAAUACGUACUGAAAUUAAAAAUGCAUACCCAGAAAUAAUAGAAAGUUUUAGAAGAGGAGUUGAGUUUAGUGGUAAUAUUGGAUUAGAUGACGCUUUGAAAAAGUGUAAGAAAUGUUUUUGUACAAAUAUACUUUCAAACAAUGUGAAUCCGUCAGAAAGUCAAAUGCUAGAGAAAAUAGACAAUAAACCUGAAACUUGUUUAAAUGAUCCAAUAAUUUAUAACCAGCUGCAGAGAUUACCAGGGCGUUAG